AUUCUCUGUGUAACACCAUGCUCAUUACUGGGCCCCCCAGGCGUGGGGAAGACGGCGGCGGUGUACGCCUGCGCUCAGGAGCUCGGCUUUAAGGUGUUUGAAGUGAAUGCCUCCUGUCAGCGCAGCGGGCGGCAGAUCCUGGCUCAGCUUAAGGAAGCCACCCAGUCCCACCAGGUGGACCAGCAGGGAGUCAAUGCACACAAGCCAUGCUUCUUUACCAGCUACACCUUGGGGAAAUCUCCCAGGAAGAUGCACUCUCCGAAGGCCGUGGUAUCCUCUCCUAGGAAGCCUCCCAUGUCACCCAGAGGAGGGAAGAAGGGUCUGGCCCCCCAGUCACUGGCCAACUUCUUCAAAGCUGCACCAAAGCAGAAGAGUGAUGAGCGGAAGGCAGCACCAGACCCCUGCAAAGCGGUGCUCACAAUCUCCGAUGGGAAGACUUGCAAACAUAAAGCUGUAAAAGCUGUCAUCUCUGACAAG